AUGUCUGCAACCCUCGCACCUUCCACACUCAGCCCAAACAACCCUAUCACCUCUCAAUCGAUUCACGACACCUUCUCCUCUCUUGGCGUUAAAUGUCCAGAGGGUACCGAAAAAGAUUACACUUCCCUUCUCACGGGUAUCUGGGAGAUAUGGAAUACCAUCGACUCCCUCCCUGACUACGUGCCGGUCGUUGAUGAAGUUCGGUUUCCUCGUGAAAAUAUUCAUCGCGCUACAGGAGAGGAGAACAAGAGUAAUGCUUGGGCUUGGAAAGCGACUGUAAAAGAUACUCAAGGUACCGGGGGAGUGUUGGAGGGAAAGACUGUAUGUCUCAAAGACAAUGUAGCUCUGAAAGGGGUUCCGAUGUUGUUGGGAACGGAUAUCUUCAGGGAUUAUGUACCUAAUACGGAUGCGACGGUUGUGAAGAGGAUCUUGGAGGCUGGGGGUGUGAUCACGGGCAAGGCUGUUUGUGAGAAUUUGUCAAUGUGGGGAGUAUCAAUCUCUUCUGCCACAGGACCCAUCGAUAACCCUCACGCCCCAGGUUAUUCGGCAGGUGGUUCUUCCUCGGGCACAGGUGCUCUCUUGGCUUUAGGAGAAGUGGAUUUGGGAAUUGGAGGUGAUCAAGGUGGUUCGAUCCGUAUCCCAGCCUGUGUCAACGGGAUAAUUGGUCUGAAACCAACUUACGGACUUGUUCCAUACACUGCCAUCGCCUCCCUCGAACCCCUUAUCGACCAUGCGGGUCCCAUGACUAAAACUAUCCUUGAUAACGCACUUCUCCUCAAGGUCAUCGCUGGGUACGACGGAAUCGACGAUCGUGCCGGUGCUGGAUGUCCUUUGCCGGGACAAGUGCCGGAUUAUCCCACCCUAGCCAAGGGGGGUGUCAAGGGGCUGAAGAUUGGAAUCUUGAAGGAGGGCUUUGAUCAACCUCUGAGAGAUGAGCGAGUUUCUGAGCUGGUUUUGAAAGCAGCACAGAAACUCACAGAGCUUGGGGCUUCGGUAGAGGAAGUGUCUAUCCCAUUUCAUAAGACGGCUCCUGAAUUAUGGGCGGUCAUUGGUAGGAUGAGCGCAGCCAAGUCCAUGUUGGGUCAAGCUAGCGGUCGUCGAGGCUACGUCAUGAACGACUUGGAUGAGAAAGCUUUACCCUUGACUCAGGACAAAAUUGACAAGAUGUGGUGCUCGGGGGUAAACACGAUCAUGAAUGGUGUUUGGGCUUGGGAGCAUGCUCCUCCUGGGUUGUUCGGGAAAGCCACCAACUUGGUGAGAAAAUUGCGCGACGCGUACAACGAAGCUCUGGCAACUUAUGAUGUCCUAAUCACUCCCACCAUGCCAUAUCUGGCUCAAAAGCUACCGGAAAAGGGAGCGAGUGUAGGGGAGCUCAUGACCAAUUCGACUGGAGUGUCUCUCAACACGUCGGCUUUCAAUCUGACUGGACUGCCUGCCCUGAGCAUGCCGGUGGGAUUCCUCCCCUCGCUUCUGAACGACGGGGCAAGAUUGCCAGUGGGGAUGCAGAUCGUUGGGAAAGCAUACGACGAGGGGACCAUGUACGCCAUAGGACACGCCUGGGAAGAGGCAAACGAUUGGAAGACGUUCACAUAG